AUGGCUGCUAAGAACUGCACUGUGUUUACUGAGUUCAUCUUCAUAGGACUUUCUAGAAGACAGGAUGUGCAACAGGGGCUCUUUGUGUUCUUUCUGCUGGUUUAUGGCAUCACUGUGAUCGCCAACCUAGGAAUGAUCCUGCUGAUCAAGGUGGACUCCAGACUCCACACGCCCAUGUAUUAUUUCCUAAGCAAUCUGUCUUUCUGUGAUAUCUGUUACUCCUCCUCUGUCUCUCCCAAGAUGCUGGCUGAUUUCUUAUCUGAACAAAAGAGGAUCCCAUAUAAUUUAUGUCCCAUUCAGAUGUAUAUCUUUGGUGCUUUUGCAGAUUUGGAGUGCCUCAUGCUGGCUGUCAUGGCUUAUGACCGGUAUGUAGCCAUUUGCAACCCACUCCUGUACACAGUUGCCAUGUCCAGGAAACUCUGCACCCAGUUAGUUGUCAUUUCCUACACAGUGGGCUUGGUGGAUUCAGCAAUCCACACCUGUUUGGCAUUUCGAUUGUCAUUCUGUACUUCCAAUAUCAUCAAUCAUUUUUUCUGUGACAUCCCACCGAUUCUAGCCCUCUCCACCUCAGAUACAUCGAUUAAUGAGAUAGUGAUGUUCACCUUCAUUGGCUGUGUUGUGGGGUCCAGCAUCAUCACCGUUCUCCUCUCCUAUAGCUACAUCAUCGUUACCAUCCUGAGAAUGAAGUCAGCCGAGGGGAGACGCAAAGCCUUCUCUACGUGUGCCUCUCACCUGAUGGCUGUAGCUAUAUUUCAUGGCACACUGCUGUUCAUGUAUUUUCGACCCAGCUCGAGUUAUUCCAUGGACACAGACAAAAUGGCCUCAGUCUUCUACACAGUUAUCAUCCCUAUGUUAAACCCACUCAUCUACAGCUUAAGAAAUAAGGAUGUGAAGGGUGCCCUGAAGAAAGCAAUUGGUACUGAAUCACAUUCAGGGUGA